AUAGGGAAUAAGAGGAAGAAGAUAUCAAGGAGCAUUUGAGGAGAAGCAAAAUGGAGAUCCAGUUGCUCCUCCUUCAUAUAUCUCUUUUAACCUUGUGCUCUUUGAGCUGCAGUGCAAUACUUGGCGUAGCAUCAUCCCCCUCGUUAGCAAAGCCUAAUUGUACAUCCCAUUGUGGAAGCAUAGAAAUCCCAUAUCCCUUUGGAAUUGAACCGGGUUGUUACCGGGACAACAACCGUUAUGACCGUGGGUUCCAGAUAUUGUGCAACACCUCGACCGACCCUCCCAAACCUUUCUUGAACCUUAGCGACACUAGUCGACCGGAAGUGCUCAACAUAUCUCUUGGGAGCACAGUAAUAAUUAACAGUCCUAUCUUCUUUUCCGACUGCCCUAACAAGCCAAACUACCGCCAGUCACCAAACCUUCUACCCGACAUUGAGGUAACCCCUUUUACGUUGUCAGAGAAGAACAAGUUCACUUCAGUGAGUUGCGGGAUGAUUGCAUCGCUGAGGUCCCCGGAGAGCGAUGAAGGGCAAGUAAUGGCAGUCUGUUUGUCCAUUUGCCGUAGCGACAGAGAUGUAUUAGUAAAUAAUACCUGCGGUGGUAUCAACUGUUGUCAGGCAUCCCUUCCUUCUGCCGCUUAUCGAUCCCUCGAUACUAGUUUUGAACCGUUGAGAAAUGGUAACGGCUCUGAAAGAUCAUGCAAGUAUGCAUUCCUGGUAGACCCUGAUUGGUUUACGUCAAAUUCAACAAAUACAUCUGUCAUUGCUGAGAUGGAAUACGUUCCCAUACUGCUAGAUUGGAAGAUUUACGAUGUCGACGAAUCAGGUCUUUUAAUCGGAUCAGGAGGAGUAGAUAACUCUACCGAGGACAACAAGAACAGGAAUUGCGAAUCUGAAAACGGUCCAUGUUCAUGCGCAAAGGGAUAUGAAGGAAACCCCUAUCUUCGUGGUGGAUGUCAAGUUGAUGGAGGGCAAAGGAGGAGAAAGACGGACGACACAGAAACCCCUAGCCACUUCGACGAAGAGCCAACCGCCCGCUCCGGCGACGGUCGACAAGAUCAUCAUUCGCGGGUACAGGAACCUGAGGCACAUCUCCUUGGGCAUGGGGAAGAACCGCUUGAGAACGGAGAUGGUCAUGAUGAGCUCGCCAUGCAGCCAAAGAAGCUUGUGUUUCCCUUGCAGCUUGGUCCUCCCGGUCUAAGGCAAUGGCAUGCCAGAAUGAACACCAAGCCGGGAGAAGGCUUGUGUGAGAUCGCCGACGGUAACAGGAACAGCGGCGGCAGCAGCAGCGCUGCGUUCAUCCAUCUCUUGGUUCAGACGCUCGGCCUCAGCCCGAGCUUCUUGCAGAAUUCAGUUCUCUGUAGUGUUUUUGGACUGGUUUUUGUAAUCACUGGCGCGUGGUACUUGCACAAAGUCAUGAAGAAAAGGAAAAACAAAAAGCGCAAGCAAAAGUUCUAUACACAGAAUGGUGGUUUGUUGUUGGAGAAACUAUUGUCUUCUGGUGAAGUCAAUGUUGAGAAGAUUAAGCUGUUCGAUGCAAAGGAGUUAGAGAAAGCCACAUGCCGGUUUAAUGCAGACAGAAUUCUCGGUGAAGGAGGCCAAGGUACAGUUUAUAAAGGAAUGUUGACAGAUGGAAGAAUUGUUGCUGUCAAGAAGUCGAAAAUAGUAGAGGGAGGAGAAGUGAGUCAAUUCAUUAAUGAAAUUGUCAUUCUUUCACAGAUUAACCACAGGAAUGUAGUUAAACUCUUGGGAUGUUGUUUAGAGAGUGAAGUCCCCCUAUUGGUUUAUGAAUUCCUACCCAAUGGCACCCUCUCUCAAUACAUUCACAGUCGUGAUGAGGAUUUUCCUCUCACUUGGGAAAUGCGAUUACGAGUUGGUGUCGAAGUUGCUGGAGCCCUUUCCUACUUGCAUUCAUCUGCUUCAAUGCCCAUUUACCAUCGAGACAUUAAGUCUUCAAACAUACUCUUGGAUGAGAAGCACAGAGCAAAAGUUGCAGAUUUCGGGACAUCAAGAUCGGUUUCCAUUGACCAAACCCACCUUACCAUGACACAUGUAAACGGGACAUUUGGUUAUCUGGACCCUGAGUACUUCCAAUCUAGCCAGUUCACAGAUAAAAGCGACGUUUAUAGCUUUGGAGUAGUCCUUGCGGAGCUCUUGACUGGAAAAAAACCAGUCUCUGUAGCAAGGUCACAGGAAGGGAGACAAGAUGGGACAAGCCUAGCAACACAUUUCAUUGUUUCCAUGGAGGAGAAUAGCUUGUUUGAUAUUCUUGAUGAUGAAGUUAUGAAGGGAGCUAAGAAAGAAGAGAUAUUGGCGGUUGCUAGUCUUGCAAAACGUUGCUUGAAUAUGAAGGGAAAGAAGCGCCCUACUAUGAAAGAAAUAGCAGUUGAGUUGGAGGGAAUUCUAACGUCAUCAAAUAAAUCUUCUGAUGUCGAACAGAUUACAGAGGUUGAAUGUCCCCAGACGGAAAUUGUCGAGGCUUGGGAUGUUGUUUCCACAUCAACAGGGUCACAUUUGGACACUGGUUCAUCAUUAGAUGUACAACCACUAAUGUCUUUCAAGUCAUUCUGA